AUGUCUUAUCCAUUCUACGUUGUAACGGCUACCUCUCAAAGAGAUAUCAGACACCUAUACAACGGAAUGAGGCAUGAGACUCGAAUCCCAGGGGCCCACAACAGCACAAUGUGGCUAUAUGUCCGUUUGGUUUCCAACAGAAUGCCCGCCAAAUGGUGGGGACUAUAUAACAUCGAGGCCGUCUGA